ACUUAAUCUGGAAUAAGUUAGUAAAUAUAUUUAUCUAGACCUAGGCCUAUUUCAUUAUAAAUAAAAAUAAACUCCGGUUCUAGUCUAGUCCUCUACUCUGUCUAGCUAGUGAGUAUUUUAAAAAAUGGAUGAAGAUGAGAUCAAAAGAAGACAAGAGUUUGUGGAUUCUGCAAAAAAAUUUCUCGAAGCGGAAAGAAUUAAUUUUAAUAAAGUGUUGGAGCAGCUAAACUUGACAACAGAAGAAUUAUUAAAGACAGAAGCAAAAACACAAUGUCAGUACAACAAAGAUCACAUAAUGCCUGGAAAGAACUUACACAACCAUUCACUAAAGUGCCAGUUGCUAUCUGCUGGUUAUCAAGAAGAUGAACUUCCAUCUCUUCUCCAAGAUGCAGACUUUUUUUAUGAAAAUGCUCCUUCAAUUAUGAAAAUAAUCAUAGAUGAAAAUAACCUAAACAAAAUUACUUGGGAUCAUUGCAUACAGAAUGGAAGAGUUUAUACUGGUCCCAAAAAAAUGCCUGCCAGUUAUAUUGAUGAAAACAUUCUGCUUACACAAGAAGACAGAGUGGCUGUUUAUCAAUACGUGGUCAAAACAUCCCAUGAUGCAGGCAAGGUCAUCCCUGUUGAUCGCAAUGAUGAGCUACUUACCACAGAUUGGGGUAGUCUUGUUAAGAAAGGACUGUUGGAUGAGCAGAACAACAAACAAUUUUCUUCAAAACUUGAGCAACUGGCAGCACUGAGGGACCUUAAAAGGAGGCGGCAGAGUUACAGAGCUAAAAAUGUUCAUAUCACUAAAAAGUCUUAUACAGAGAUAAUAAGAGAAGUGAUCUCAAACCAAAUGGAGAUUUUAGUUCCUGACCGUAAUGUGAAGGCAGCUGGUGAAGACCUGGAUGAUGCUAGUCAAGAGAGCAAAUACAAAAGUAGAACUAGAGAGGAGAGAGACAGGAGGAGAGAAUACAGUCCACAAGGUUCACACAGGAGGAGGGAUAAUGAUAGGUCUAGAAACAGAAGUAGAGAUAGAAGUGUAGACAAGUCAAGAAACAGAAGCAGAGAUCACAGUGUAGAUGAGAAAUUUAGAAAAAGAAGCAGAGAUCGGAGUGAAGAUGAGAAAUACAGAAAAGGUCGAAAGAGAUCAAGGGAGAGGUACAGAGAUCGAAGUUCCAGCCCAAUAAAAUCUAAAGACAGACGUCAUGACAAAGAUAUGAAUGUAAAGGUAGACAAACCUGCAGAGGGAGAGCCGUCAAUUAAAGUGGAACAAGGCGAGGAUUGUACAGACAACAGCAGGCAAGAAGAUCCGAAUGAAGAUGAGUUGAGGACGAAAGACUCAGCCUCUGACAGUGAUGCCAGCAGUAGGAAGAAAAGCAAACACAGGAAAAGUAAACACAAGAAGAAGCACAGUAAAAAACACAAAAAGAAAGAUUAGGAUAAAUAUCUCUUUUAGACAAGAGAUGAUAGAAACUGUUCUACUUGAUAGGUAAAAUUAUACAUGUAGCAAAUUAUUUAUUUCAGAAUUGUUCAAAUAUGAUUUUUAUGAUUAAAAUUAUUUUAAUGCUUAUUUGCAAUGAACAAGCAUAAAAACAAUAUUUGUUCUGAAUAAAGCAUUGUGAGAGGAAUUGCCUUGUGUUGGAAAGACUUUACUCAUGAUUGUCAGUGACACAAUAGGACUUACCUUGUCCUGUAAAUCUUUCAUCUCUCAAUAUUAAUAUAAUAUUAAUUUAAUAUUGUAAAAAGUUAAUUGUCAUACAUUUGAAUUUUUAAA